AUGCUUAUACCAGGGAGAGCAUUGACAGCAACUGAGGCUGGAUCUCACGCGCUUCGACUCCUUCUAUUCUUCUUUGCAUUCUACGCCCUUCUCACCUUUUACGUGCGCUCACAAUCCUAUCGCGACCCGACCUCCGUAUUCUUUAACCCGUGGACCGCAUACGACCCCGAAUAUACAAACAUCAGACUCAAGGAAGCAGAUGCAUAUAUCGAGUCUGUGAAUAAUAAUGUCACGGAGACUACAGUCCCAAAAGCAGGGGAAAAGCCCGGUCUUUGCGUCGGAAUUGCAUCCAUUGCCCGCCAUGGAGUCCGCUAUUUCAAGAGUUCCGUCGGCACAGUGUUGGAAGGGCUGAGCGAAGCAGAACGCGCCGAUAUACACUUGAUUCUUUUCAUCGCACAUACCGAUCCUACGGAGCACCCUGCAUAUGCCGAGCCAUGGCUUCAUAACGUUCCGGACCAGCUCCUGCUGUAUGACCCUGCCACCGUCGAUAUCGAUUACAUCCAUUCCCUGGAGACAGAGGCGGCUAAGGUCUCCGGGCGUGAAAAGGCUCUGUUCGACUAUACAUAUCUAUUGCAGGCGUGCGAGGCAGUUGGUAGCCCGUAUGUCAUCAUGCUGGAGGACGAUGUGGUUGCCCUAGAUGGAUGGUAUCACCGCACCCGUGCUGCGCUGGACUCGGCGGAACAGCAGGCCGACGCUAUCGGGGCCCCUAAAUGGCUGUACCUCCGCCUCUUCUAUACUGAAGAGUUCCUCGGCUGGAAUGCCGAAGAGUGGCCCGUAUACCUCAUAUACUCCGCCAUCACCGUUGCCCUGGCCGCCUGUACUUGUCUCAGUGCACGACAGUAUCUCCCCCGUCUCCGACCUCACCUCCCGAAUUUCGCCAUCCUCCUCAUCUGCAGCAUCUGCACACCCCUCCUAAUCGGCCUCUUCUUCGCCGCCGGUCGCGUGUCAACAUUCCCCAUCCCAGAAGGCGUACACCAAAUGCCGCGGUUCGGCUGCUGUUCGCAAGCAUUCGUCUUUCCGCGAUCGCGCAUCCCUGAAUUGGUGGAUUUAUACCGAACAAAACACAUUGGAUACGUGGAUGUCAUCACGGAAGAGUUUGCCAACGCCAACGGGGAGAUUCGGUGGGCGGUUACUCCGACUAUUAUGCAGCAUGCUGGGCGAAGAAGUUCAAAGUCGGCCAGCACGGACUCGGAUGUUCCGCUGAGGCAUAAGAGCAAAGCUGAGAUGUCAGAGGUGGAGAAACUGUGGAAUUUUGGGUUUGAGAUGAAUGAUGGGGAUGCAUUGCGCGCUGAGCAUGAUGCUGUUACGUAG